AGUUUCAGCGCCCGCUUCCUGAGGCUGACAUUUCUCCCCAGACCCCGAGGAUGCGGGUCAUGAUGCCUCCAACUCUGCUCCUGCUGCUGUUGGGGGCCCUGGCCGUGACCCAGACCUGGGCGGGCUCCCACUCCCUCAGGUAUUUCUACACCGCGGUGUCCCGGCCCGGCCUCGGGGAGCCCCGCUUCAUCUCCGUGGGCUACGUGGACGACACGCAGUUCGUGCGGUUCGACAGCGACGCCCCGAAUCCGAGGAUGGAGCCGCGGGCCCCGUGGGUGGAGCUGGAGGGGCCGGAGUAUUGGGACCAGGAGACGCGGAACGAGAAGAACAACGCACGGAAUUCCCGAGUGAACCUGAACACGAUGCUCCGCUACUACAACCAGAGCGAGUCCGGGUCGCACAACAUCCAGUGGACAUAUGGCUGUGACUUGGGGCCUGACGGACUCCUUCUCCGCGGGUACACUCAGUGGGCCUACGAUGGCGUGGAUUACAUCGCCCUGAACGAGGACCUGCGCUCCUGGACCGUGGCGGACACCGCGGCGCACAUCACCCGCCGCAAGUGGGAGGUGGACAGUGCAGCGAAGGACUGGAAGAACUACCUGGAGGGCACGUGCGUGGAGUGGCUCCUCAAGUACCUGGAAAACGGGAAGGAGACGCUGCUGCGCGCAGAGAAUCCACAGACACACAAUUAUCCCUGGGACCCUCACUAA